AUGGAAGAUCACCUCCACAAUAGCUCAUGGUUGCCUCCUUUCACACUGACAGGGCUCCCAGGGCUGGAGACCUCGCAACACUGGAUGUUUCUGCUGCUUGGUGCUCUCUACACCAUCUCCAUUGUGGGCAAUGCCCUUAUCCUAUUCAUUAUCAAGGAGGAGCAGAGCUUGCAUCAGCCUAUGUACUAUUUCUUGUCCCUGCUAUCAGUUAAUGACCUAGGUGUGUCCUUUUCCACACUGCCCACUGUGCUGGCCACUUUUUGCUUCCACUCAAGGGAGAUCAACUUUGAUUCUUGCAUGGCUCAAAUGUUCUUUAUUCACCUCUUCUCCUUCAUGGAGUCUGGGAUCCUGUUGGCCAUGAGCUUUGACCGCUAUGUGGCCAUCUGCAAGCCAUUGCGGUAUGCCACAGUGCUCACUGAAGCCCGAGUGCUGCGCAUGGGCAUGUCUAUUAUCAUCCGCAGUUUCUGCAUGGUUUUUCCACUACCUUUCCUUCUGAAGAGGCUGCCUUUUUGCAAGGACAAUAUACUUUCCCACGCUUACUGUCUGCACCCAGACUUGAUCCGGCUGCCCUGUGGUGACAUCACCAUCAACAAUAUCUUUGGUUUAUUCAUUGUCAUCUUCAGUUUUGGCCUGGACUCUGCACUCAUUCUGCUCUCUUAUGUGCUCAUACUGCACUCUGUGCUGGCCAUUGCCUCUAGGGAGGAGAGGUUAAAGGCACUCAACAAGUGUGUGUCACACAUUUGCGCUGUGCUCAUCUUUUAUGUGCCAAUGGUUGGAGUAUCCAUGGCUGCUCGCUAUGGGAGCCAUGCCCCAAAGUAUGUGCACACACUCAUGUCCCUGAUCUACCUCUUUGUGCCUCCAAUGCUAAACCCUGUCAUCUAUUCCAUCAAAACCGAAGAGAUUCGUCGGAAGCUUCACAAAAUACUACUGGGAACUAAGUUUUAA